AUGGUGGCAGUUACCACAGCCAGGCUGAGCCACCCAACAGCCACACGGCCACGAAUACCCGGCCAGCGGCCACCCAGCAUUGUCCUGGGGAGCACAGGGAGUCACCUUGGGGGGGAACCGCCCCAGGGGCUGCCCUGUGCUGCCCUCUGUGUCCCUGUCCCCAGAACGGGGCAGGUGCCUGUCCCAUCAUGGAGCACAGAAGGGCUGGAGGCGUUGGAGGGGAGGUCACUGGCCCUGGAGGAUCUGAAGGCUGAGGUCCGGACCCUGCACAUCCUUGUGGACCUGAUGCGGGUCCAGCACCUGAGGGACCUGCAGGACCUGCGGCAGGAGCUGAGCCAGGAGCGGACUCAGCGCCAGGCACUGCAGGUGGGUCCCUGGGAGGGGCUGCUGUGUCCUGGGGUCCCCUGUGCCCCCCAACAAUCACAGCCUCUCCCCACAGGUGGAGAUCGAGCGAGUGAGGAAGGGGCUGCCCUGUUAGCAUGGGGGGACUGCAGUGCCCACCCAUGGCAUGGGGCAGGGGGGUGGCACAUGGAGCCCCCCCAACCUCGCUGCCCCCAGCCCGGUUCUGCACCCAUCGGGUACAAAUGCCCACUCCACACCCAGACGCUGCUCCUCGAAGCACAACAGCCCCUGGACCUAUAG